GUUGUCCAGUAUCGAGCAGGGAUGAUGACCAGGACGAAGUAAAAUGUGUAAAGUAAUUCUCAAUUAACGCUACUUCUACCACGUUUAGUUGCGAGGAAGUUCAAGUCAGGCCAUCGAUCACAUGUCCACGCACUGAUAUCACGGAAUAGAGCACGUCGGCGAGUUGACCAAAGUAAGGACACUGGAGAGGUGCACGCGAGGGGACCGACCACUGGGCGACAUCUUCCGAUCAGUGUGAUCGACAUAUAUCCAUCGAUUUCUCAUCUGUGAGAUGAACAAAUUAAUAGUUAUUAAAUCGAAAAUAAGAGACAAAACCAGAUGCGUGGAUUGGUUUCGGUAUAGAGAAUAGCUGGAUUGGUUAUCAUUAUUUGUCAAUCAGAUAGUGAGAAGAUAGUAAUCCCGGGAAGUUUCCACGGAGCAAUCUCCAAGCGAAUUUGUUCCUAGUAAGUCUCGUUUUCUCUCAAAACAAAACCUCCCGUGUGGCUUUCGCUCAUGGGGACAGGAUGAAAGAAAUACCUGAAAGGUGAAUUGGCCAAGAGUUGAAACAAUAAAACUCAGUGCUUGUGGUCUUGCAAAUUUGUAACAGCACCGCCUCUAUCAGACUGAACCUUUACUAGACCGAUAGUCUUCAAAGUUCGUUAAUUCAGGCUCUUUGAUGGCAUAAUUGUCGGAUGUAGUACGAGUAGUUUGGUUUGGUGGCAAAUAAAAUUUUCAACACGGAAGGCAAGCGCUCUGGCUUCAUCGUCUUGAUUAUUGGACAUCUUACAUAUGCAAGACAACAGCGGCGUCCAAAAACAAACGGCACUUGUUCGCGCGUGCAAGUCGUGGAGUACUUACUUACUACUUGUUUUGGCGGAAGAAUUGGGUCCGUGUUUAAGACAAAUUCCAAGUUAAUAGCGAUCACAACUCUAUACUAUCAUCGGCUACUUGAUUGACAACGUUUUUCGUGCGUCCUUUACCACCAAGAAGCUGUUCCUGAUUUUUGCGUACAUCAAAUAGUAUAUUUGAUACGUAAGCUUUUUCUGUCCUCCGGCGAAGUUCCAAAUUGCUAUACUUUUUCCCACUUUGCCAGCAGAAGUGUCGAUGGCGAAUCCGCAGUGCGGUAGAAGUAUCGAUGGCGAUAAAUGAGUCCGUUUAUUUGCGGUGCAUCAUACUAAGUUGUAUUGUGUGCCAAUAAACGUAGUUGUAGUUUUGAUUUUGAGCAAGUAGUGAGGCGGCGUAAAAAUGUACAGCAGACGUACGGAUGAAUAACCGCAGUGGACCUGUAGUGCACGAUUCGCCGCGUUGAGAAAGCCUUAGUACUAACUAGGCCAUCGACUCUCGCUGCUGAAAUUUUUUACUAUAUCUGCGUAGCCUUGAAAAUAAAGGGCAGCUCUCCUGGCCGUAGUACGGUGGAUGGCUACUACGGCGCGAAAGUAUUUGAAAAAAUUAGAAUUACUAUUUUCUGUUUUGCGGCGACGAGCGAAGCGGAUACACGGUCCUCGCAGAGCUGCGGCGUUUAAUAUCCUUGAGAGGUGCAGUUCACCAUCUUGUGAAGCUGCGAAGAAAGGAUUUGUUCGUGUAGAAGUUGUCCUGCGCCGGCACCGCGAAGUAAAUGAUGCUUCCACGACCUUGCAGCGAAUGCGAACCAGACGGCCUGCUCGAAGGGACGAUGCUGCACCAGGAGUCAAUGGUGGUUUACUAGAAUGCCGCAGCUAUGAAAUCUUUGAAAAUAAUCCUGUACUUUAGCUGAAUUCUCCUGCAGAUGUAGAACGCAAGACGGUGGGCUAUGAUCCACCAGCGGGGCAGGGGGAUCAGGAUGAAGUUUUAUUUGAAUGCGAAGCAUGGUGGCAUGUGACACGACCAUGUGGUUUAUGUCGAUCCACCCUGGACUUGUGGGAUGCAUUUCUCGUUUUGUUCAAUCGUGGACGACGGAUUAUAGGAUAUGCAUGCUGAAAAAGAAAAUACAUAUAUGAGGACCAAGAUGCAGAUGAUCCUGUCGUGCUGGGUGUGGUCCACGCUAGAAAUUCUCUAAAAACUUGCUGCAAGCGAGGGAUUUUCAAACUUUCAUACCUUUCCGGACGAAGAGCCGCGGAUUGUAACAUGUCAGACGCUAUGCAUUGGAACUAAGUAAACAUCUGGGUCUGGAACUACAACUAAUCGAAUGAGGUGUCAUGCUACAAUGCAUCUGAAACUGAAUAGCACAAAAAUGGUCAACUGCAGUGUACGCGGCCGAGUACGAGAAACGUUUGAGCAGCGUUAGUUGCAGUGCGUAUCAACCACCAGCAGGAGAAAUAAUACUCACGUUGUCGCCGGGUAAAGGGGGCCACCACUUAUCUUUUAUCCGUACAGUUUUAAAUGGAGCACUCUUAUCAGACUUCAUGCGGAGUUUGCAAGUUCAGCACUUUACAAAGCUUUAGUACAGACUCAGAUAUUUUUGCCAUGCAUAGACGGGCCGACGCGUUUGGAAGCGUCAACUUACUACAUGUCUACCGGCGCCGCGUCUUACCUAACUAGUAGUGGGUACGUACAACUUCUAAGCGAAAAUCGUGUUGUUUUUCGUAUCAUGUUCUAACGCUUUUAUAAAGAAAAAAAAGCAUCACCAUCAUUCAUAGUCAUACUUACGAUGAACCAACUGAGAUUUGCUCUGAUAAUUUUCCAGCGUGUAGUUGACAAAAAUGAAUCCGUAUCCGAUGAAAAAUAAGUACCCACAAAAUCAUUCUAUCAGCGAAGAAGUAGAAAUGGGUAGCAGUACCUCCGUUGCAAACUUUCGCGAGGGCGUUUCCGGCGUUGCCAUUCCGCCCUCGUACGCCGG